AGCCACGUGACUUCAGAUUGGUAUAAAUGUGAAUCGCGUCAUGAAUUCUGCCUCUAUUAUUCAGUGAACACUGGGUUGUGAAGAUCGUCAAACAUGUCAGGAAAACCACCAUACAAAGUCGCUGACAUCAGCUUGGCCGACUGGGGCAGAAAAUGCAUCGAGAUCGCCGAGAACGAGAUGCCUGGCCUGAUGCAGAUGAGGCAGAUGUAUUCUGCGUCCAAGCCACUGAAGGGGGCCAGGAUCGCAGGGUGUCUUCAUAUGACCACUCAGACCGCCGUCCUCAUUGAAACCCUCACAGCCCUCGGGGCUCAGGUAAUGUUUGUUUCCCCCCAGAAAAGCAAAUUUGAUAACCUGUAUGGAUGCAGGGAGUCUCUUGUGGAUGGUAUCAAGAGAGCCACAGACGUCAUGUUGGCAGGAAAGGUUGCCAUGGUGGCGGGAUACGGUGACGUAGGCAAAGGCUGCGCCCAUGCCCUGCGAGCCUUCGGAGCCCGUGUCAUGAUUACCGAGAUUGACCCAAUUAUCGCUCUCCAGGCAGCCAUGGAAGGGUUUGAAGUAACCACAGUUGACGAGUGUCUGAAGAAAGCCAGAAUCUUCGUAACAGCUACAGGGUGUAAAUCAAUCAUUCACGGAACCAUGUUUGAACAGAUGAUGGAGGAUUCUAUUGUUUGUAACAUUGGGCAUUUUGACUGCGAGUUAGAUGUGGCAUGGCUGAAUGCUAACUGCCAGAAGAAAGAACAAAUUAAACCACAGGUUGAUAGGUACACCCUAAAGAAUGGCCGUCACAUCAUCUUGCUGGCUGAAGGUCGCCUGGUUAACUUAGGCUGUGCCCAUGGUCAUCCCAGCUUUGUGAUGAGUAACUCCUUCACCAAUCAAGUUCUAGCUCAGAUUGAACUCUGGACUAAGCAGGGACAGUACCCAGUGGGUGUACAUCUCCUCCCCAAAAAGCUUGACGAGGCUGUCGCAGCUGCCCACUUGGAACAUCUUGGUGUGAAGCUGACCAAGCUCUCAGAUGACCAAGCCCAGUAUCUAGAUCUACCCAAGGAAGGCCCAUUCAAACCCGAAAUCUACAGAUAUUAAACACUUGUCCAUUGUGUUCAGUGAAAUUCAAGUGUACAAUAUCCAGUUCAGUGAAAUUCAAGUGUACAUUAUCCAGAGCUGUGAUACAAUCUCUACAAUACAAACGCAAAAUCCUGAAAAAAGUCGUAUCUUGUAAAGGUACUUGUUACUGAGUUACAAGUUGUGUUUUGUACAUUGAUAUUGUAUGUAUUAUAAACACAGCAUUUCCAUUGUUAUUUAUAAAAGGCAAUAGUUGUCUUGAGAUUCAUUGUCUACAUUAUGUAUAAUAAACUCCAUGAAAAUUA